AUGAACCACCACGAAGAAGAUCCUGAGAAAGCAAGAGUGAUUGAUCAAAUUUAUAACAUUUCGUCGCUCAUUGACCAAACUGGGAAUUAUAAUGAAGAGUAUUUUAAUAUUUUCAAAGAUGCUACAAAAAGCUUGGACAAGGAUGUCAAAAUGCUAGGCAUCAAUAUGCUAUUCAGAUACUUUCAAAACUAUAAUAAAUGCGAGAUUCAAAUGGUGCUCUACAAGCUGCUUGAAGAUCCUAAUAGGGAUGUUCGAAUGCUCAUUAUCAACAACUUGCCAAAUCUUGCCAAAGAACAAAGCUGCAUUCGGCCAGUGAGCGACGUUCUAGCUCAACUUCUCACUGUUAAAGACAACCGAGAACUUAUCAUUGUGAAAACUGCUCUUGGAAAAGUUAUGUCCGAUCAUCAAGAAGAAUGUAUUGAGGCAAUUUUGAGCGCGGCUUGCCAUGAAAACGCGAGCAUUGACGAUCGAAUUACUAUUUUGAAAUUUGUCGAAUUGAAAAUUGGAAGAUCUUCGUAUUUUAAGUACAAUCUAAAGGAAAGGAUUGCUGGAAUCUAUGAAGAGCUCAUUGCCACGGUCGCCGAGGAAAACGUUGAGCACCUGCUGAGUCUCCUAGAAGUGACCGACGCUUUCGACUUCAUCCAAUGCUUGGAUGCAAUAGCAAAAAGAGGAAACGAAAAUGUUUUUGUUGGGAUGCUCACUUUCAAUUUCUUGAUAAUUCGGGCAAUUAGAGUGAAGCAUUGCUGGGAAUCUAACACAAUUUAUAAGUUGAAGUUGUUCAACGCCAUCAUCAAUAUAAUGAACAAAGCCAAUCAUCAAGAAUUCGAAUCGAUUGUUAUGUUGCUCGAAUACGCGUUGCCAAUGGUUGCUGAAGAGAACUUUCUUCUGGUCAACAUUUUUCCCGACAGUUCAACUAGGGGAAGAAUCUGUCCUAGUGAGCAGCUUAAUAUUCUAUACGGCCUAACUCGCAGCCUCAUUAUUUACACAUACUAUCAUAACUACGUGAUAGGUGGAGUUUCACGUGAUAUGCUUCUUGAGAAGUACAAGGUUUUCAAAGAUGCAACUCCAGCCCAGAGAUUCCAAUACUUUAUGCUAUUGUCAUCCUUUGCACUGGAUGUUCCUCCAACUAACCUUGAAGUCGAAUUCAUUCGUUUUGUCUUUGAAAACUUCUGGAUGUUGGUCCCAAACUAUACAAAGGGAGAGCAUGAAUGCAAUGUUUAUCGCCUAGAAACUCUUCUCUUUACUAUUUUCACUCUCGUGUUGAAAUGUCCAGGAAGUUAUGAUGCAUUCAGUUCGAUUGAGCCACAUUGGAGAGAACGUCUCGAGAAAUUUUUCAAAGGCAUUUCAUCGGCUUCGAGAAGAAUCAAGAACAGCAUUCCGGCGUCACAUGAUCCCGACCGUGUUCAAAGGAGUCUCUCUUGUCUUAAUAAUGUUGGGGCCAAAAUGUCGAUUGCUUGGAACGUGCAAAACGGUGAUCUUGACUUUGUGAAGGAGCAUGUCACUCCUGACAAUGUUGGCGAAGUCCACAACGGAAGAACUGCGAUUCAAAUCGCUUCCGACUAUGGACACUCUCGAAUCGUCGAAUAUCUCAUCAGCAUUGGGGCAGAUGUCAAUGCUGUUGACAAGUACGGAAUUACUCCGCUACUCUCAGCUGUUUGGGAAGGUCACAAGGAAGUAGUGAAGCUUCUUCUUUCUCAUGGAGCCAAGAAGGACAUUAAGGCUCCGGAUGGCACUGCUCUUAUUGACUGCACUGAAGAGGAGGAAAUUCGUCAAAUGUUGACUUCAUCCUAA